CAGCGUGCAAAGCGUCAGAGGAUCUUUUGAGAAGUGCGCAUGCGCUAAGAGUGAAGCGGAAGAAAGCAUCAUGUCGAUAGAGGACCCUUUUUUCGUUGUGAAGGGGGAGGUGCAGAAGGCCCUCUCUCGUGCCCGGGGCCUGUUUGAUAGGUGGGAGGAACUGUUGCAGGAUGGGACACAGGUCAGCCGGGACGAGCUGGACUGGAGUGCCAAUGAACUCAGGAACUGUCUGAGGGCUAUAGACUGGGAUCUGGAGGACCUCAGUGAAACCAUCAGUAUUGUGGAGUCGAACCCUGGAAAGUUCAGACUGGGAGACAAUGAACUUCAGGAGAGGAGAGACUUUGUGGAGCGAACCAGGAAAUCUGUCCAGGAGAUGAAGGAUCAGUUGUCCAGCCCUUCUGCUGUGGCUCAGGCAGAGAAGAAGAACAGACAGGCUCUGCUGGCUUCAUCAGGCCAGGACAGGUCAACAGGACUGGAGGCUCAUCUGGUGUCUGCAAACUCCAGAUACAUCCAGGAGCAACAGGAACAACAGCAGCUCAUCAUGCAGGAGCAGGAUGAGCAGCUGGAGUUGGUGUCAGGCAGCAUCAGAGUCCUUAAAGACAUGUCGGGACGCAUUGGAGAUGAGCUUGACGAGCAAGCAGUUAUGUUGGGGGAUUUUGGAGACGAGAUGGACCAGACGUCGUCCCGUAUGGACUCAGUCCUAAAGAAGCUAGAGAAGGUGUCUCACAUGACCAGCAGUCGGAGGCAGUGGUGUGCGAUCGGUGUUCUGGUCACCAUCAUGAUUGUGGUCCUCAUCCUUUUCUUUGCUCUCUGAUGUCAGUGACCUCUGACCUCUCAGCUACACUCACCGACGACUUCCUGUCAGGACGGUUGGAUGGAUGGACAGAUGCAGGAAGAAGAACACGUCUCUCCUCCUUCCCCUCCCCUCUCUUCCCGUCUCUUCCUUCCUUCACGCUGAGGAGAAGCUGGUGACUGGCAGAGUGAAGUUAGGAUGGAAAUCCUCCUCUCUCUGCUUUUCAUGAUUCUGGUGGGGAAAAAAGGAAAAACAAAACAGCUUGUGACUGUCAGCAGAGCUUAGCAUGGGGGAAACCCCAGUGGUAUUAUGUAUUUCAUAUUGGUACAUUUUGGUUACUGUUGGACAUAAUGGUACUGAAUGGGAGGGUCAGGACAGGAAGCUGCUGCUGUCAGCUUUAAAACACAAAAAUCAUUGUCAAUCAGAAUCAUUUCAUGUAUAUUAAAGUCUGAAAUUUAAAACCGUUCAGCGGCAGCUUAAUUUGUCUUGUUGAUAAAUCAGUGAAUGUCUCUUAUGAAAUAGAAUUCUUUGGUUGUAAAAGUCUCAUUUUCAUCAUCAUUUAGAAUUUCUGAACUCUGUAGUGAACCACGAUUUCGACCUAUUUUGUAAGUAAGAUGUUCUAAAAAAGGAUAAAAAAAGAGACUGUGUCUGUAAACAAAAUGUUAAUGAGAACAGCUGAUGUGGCAUAUUAAUCUCAGCUGGCUGGUGAAACCUGAUUCUUGGCAGGUUUAGAAGCCAAAAGUAGUUUUUGGAGGCUGAGAAAUAUUGAUUUAUUAACUGUUCAAUCAGGAAAAUUGAGUUAUUUGUGUUUUGAGCUGACAGGAGCAGCAUAGGAGGGAGGGGGGAGGAGGGGGGUGGGGGGGGCAGGGUUACUCAGUGUUGCCUUAAAUAUAUUUUUAUACCGUUGUGAAAUACGCAGUAUGUUUAUGUGCCUGUGUGAAUCAGUUUAGGAAAUGAUCAUUUAUCAGUUAAAUCAGGAAAUGGGCAGCAGUUGUCGGCCAAAAGUCUGCAGGACACAACAGCAGAGAAGAAGUUAGUCACCUCUGAGAUCUGUGCUGUGGUGUGUUUAUGGGCAAAACCAAACACAUGCAGACUCACAGUAGGCACGGCACGAGGCUGCCCAUCCCUGACACUAUGUGCCGAUCACUCUGUCAGAAAUAGAGCGCAGGAAUAGAACAGAUUCCUGCGCUCUAGCUGGCCGACACAAACGGUUAAUUGCCUGCCUUGAUUGUGAUCCGUCUCGCUGAGGUGAAGUCAGGUCUGCAGCCAGCCACUUUCAGGCCCCUGCGGGCGGUUAAGCACACGAUUGGCUGAGGCUUCGUUACUCUCACUGGGUGAUGAGAGACAACCUUGGCUCAGAGCGAAUGGGUUUUUAUUGAAGAGCUUUAGCUAAUGAGAGGAGGAACAGUUGCUGGGCAGGAUGUGGCGCAUGCAGCCCAGAUUUAGGCUUACAGCUCCCUCUGCUGGAGCCUGUAGGUCAUGUUAUUUCUUAAUGUCAUGUCAGGUAACACUGCCCACAUUAGGGUGUGUUGCAGUGCUGUAUAAAAUAUAAACUAUGAUGCUUUAAUUAGAUUUUUUGUGUAAAUGAACAUUACUCCUGCACAAAGGCUUUAUGCAGACUCAAUCUUAUUUUUUAUCUUCAUUU